CUUCUAUGCUUCACUAAGUUCAUGACCGCCUGCUGCCAAGACCAACCCCAGAAAAUGUGGACGAAGAAGCUCCGGAUUUUAACAUCCUUCCCAGUAGCGCUAUUGAGAAGGGAAGUAACGACGUUUUCUGUUUCGCCGUCCCAAUUGGAUUUUCCUGUUUCUUCUUCAAUUUCUCCACAAGUAGAUCAAUUUCCUCAACGUUAUUUUGUUCGAAACAAUCUGGACUUUUCUGGAAGAUUCCAUUUCUGUUCCGAAGCUGCUCAGAAGCUUACUUGCUGGAAUUGCAAUGCUGUUUCCUCAACUACGACGCCGUUUCUGGUUUGCAAUGCUUGUGGCAGCGUCCAGCCUGUCGAUCAAUCUGUUGAUUAUUUCCACAUUUUUGGAUUGGAGAAGAAGUAUGGAAUUGAGGGGGAGAAUCUAGAGCGCAAGUACAAAGACUGGCAGAGGAAGCUACAUCCAGACUUGGUUCAUACGAAAUCCGAGAAAGAAAGGGAGUAUGCUGCUGCACAGUCUGCUCGUGUAAUCGAUGCAUAUCGCACGCUAACUGACCCAUUGUCAAGGGCAAUAUACAUUCUGAAGUUGGAAGGCGUGCAUGUGGAUGAAGAGGAAAGGAUUGAUGACCUAGAGUUGCUUGCUGAGGCUGCAACUUCUCUGUUUCUUCUUCUGAUUAUGGAACUCAGAGAAACAGUUGAAGAGGCUGCUAACACUCAGGCACUGAAACAAAUUCAGGGGGAGCUCUACUUCAUUGGUCUGCAGAUACAGGGAAAGUUCGAACAAUCAUCCAUCUCUUUUGCUAACGCCUUACAAAAAAGGAAGUAUGAAGAAGCUGUGGCGGCUACACAAAGGAUGACUUACUACAAGCGUGCAAAUGAAGAGAUUGUGAAGAAGCUCUAGUCCAGGAGCAUGAAGCUGUGGUUUGGCCGUGGAGAUGCAAUUGGGCCCGAUCAGAUGAACCCCGAGUACAUGGGUAAGUCAGAAGACAAUAAACAGUUGAUCUAAUGGAGUUGGGUUCGCUUGCUGUGGUGAAUCUGGCACCUGCCGUUCCUUCCAAUAUAAGCCCAAAUUCUACACUGUUUAUCCACAAAAUAAUUGCCAGGAGCGACACCAGCAGUGUGUAUACAUCAUUUCUCUGUCAUUGAUUGAUGAUUCUGGUGGAUUUGACCUUAACGUUAUCAUUUGUAUGAAAUGUAAACAGAAUAAAAGUAUGUCGAAAGUGAUAGUUUGAAGUGUUGCAUUUGAACAGAAAGGAUGUUCCUGAGAGUGGUUGGAGUUGUGUUGAGGAUCUCUAUCAACUCCAUUUUUAAAGACUCAAGGUUGCUUCUAUUAGUUUUCUUCCAAUAUUUUCGUGAUUGAACCUUGACAAAUCAGUAUGUCAUCUCCUCUUAUGUUAACAGUU